CGCGACGGUCGCGGUGUGCGCCUGCGCGCUGGCGGCGGCGGCGGUGCCCGGCGGGGAGCGGGUCCGGAGCGGGCUGCCGGACCCAAAACAGAGAAGGGGGAUCGUGGGGAUCAGGGAGCUCCCUCGCCGGGGCCUCGGCGACCUGAUGGAGUAAGAGGGGUCGGCUGUGAGUGUGUGACGAGUGCUUCAGAUCUGAUCACUAUGGUACGAGAACGAAAAUGCAUAUUGUGCAACACUGUGUACAGCUCAAAAAAGGAGAUGGACGAACACAUGCGGAGCAUGUUGCAUCACAGGGAACUUGAAAACCUGAAGGGCAGGGAUAGUAGUCAUGAGUGCCGAGUGUGCGGGGUCACAGAAGUGGGUCUUUCCGCAUAUGCAAAGCACAUCUCUGGCCAGUUGCACAAAGAUAACGUUGAUGCCCAGGAAAGAAAAGAUGAUGGAAAGGGAGAAGAAGAGGAAGAAGAAUAUUUUGACAAGGAACUCGUUCAAUUAAUAAAACAAAGGAAAGAACAAAGUCGACAAGAGGAAGCUUCCCAUAGCAGUCAAGAAAUAAACUCAGAUGACAGGCGACCCCAAAGAAGAAGAGAAGAUCGAAUCCCGUACCCAGACAGAGAGAGUUACGGUCAGCCCGGCUGGCAUCACCGCGGGCCUCCCCAGCGGGACUGGAAAUGGGACAAAGAUGGCUUUAAUAACACAAGGAAAAACAGCUUUCCACAUUCUUUGAGGAAUAACGGUGGACCAAGAGGCUGUCCUUUGUGGCAUAAGGGUGUUGCAGGAGGCCCCUCAAAUUGGUUUCACAACCACAAUAAUUCUGGAGGUGGUUGGCAUUCAAAUAGUGGAACCGUAGAUUGGAACCAUAAUGGCACAGGAAGAAAUUCCAGUUGGCAUUCUGAGGGAACAGGUGGCUUUUCCAGUUGGCAUAUGAGCAACAGUAACGGAAACUGGAAAUCCAGUGCGCGUGGUACAAAUAGUUGGAAUUACAGUGGCCCUGGAGACAAAUUUCAACCAGGGAGAAACAGAAAUUCUAACUGUCAGAUGGAAGACAUGUCUAUGCUAUGGAACAAUAAACCCAAGCCAAACAAAUACAGUCAAGAGAGAUACCAUUGGCAAAGGCAAGAAAACAGCAAAGGUGGGACAGUUGCCACUUACCGAAGCCCUUCUGCAGACUUUGCAAAUGAUAAAUUUCCUUCGGAAGACUUAUUUGACUUCAGUUUUGAGCAGCGGGAAAACCAGACCACUAAACCCACAGACACCAUGGCUUCCAAAAUUGGUGGGAAGAACGGCAGUGUGGCAAGGGAGAAGCUCCAUCGCUGGACUCCUUACCCGUCUCAGAAAACCCUGGAUCUGCAGGCAGCCAUGAAAGAGGUCAUUAGUAAGUCAGAAGUGACAGACAAGCCUCUUUUUGAUUUUAGCCUGAUAACCAGGGGAACGCAAGAUUCCAAAAGCGAGGACUCAACAAAAAAGGGCCCAUCACUGAAAUCACACAGAAAACUCAGUCCUGCAUUUCUUGCGCACAAGGCCACGUCAGACCAUGCUGCUUCCUCUGAGGUGGUACGAGACUGCCCCGUUAGAGAAAAACCCGAGCAACCACAAAAUUUAAACAAGGCGUCAUCAUUAAAAUCCGCACCCCUUCCCACCCCAGUGGCUAAAUCAGUUCUUCCAAAGCAGAAUUCAAAGAAGCCUCCCAAAAACACCAAAAAACAUUCUUUUUCUCCCAAGGAGUACAUGAAUUCCUCAAACAAACCCAUUGUGGAAGAUAAUCAUGAUUCCACCUAUAUAUCCAAACUGCGGAGUUCAUGUCCUCGUACCUUAAAAGGGAAAGAAAGUAUAUCUGGUGCUCAAAGGGAACUUGAGGAAAACUUAAAUGCUACGUUAGAAAAAGCCAAAGAUGGGCUGCCAUGUCCCACAUCAUUGCCAAAUCCUUUUCCUGGCAGCACCACCAAAAGGAACUGUGCUAAAGCAAAUAGAAAUGUCGAAGAGUCUGGAAAAGGUUCUUUGAAAAUUGAGUUUCAGGUUCACGCAACAGAGCAUGAAAGUGAUGGGGAGAUAUCGGACCCAGAAAAGCCUGGGGCAAAAAUUGGAACCCCAGUUUCUGUGACUGCAGAAGCUUUAUCUUAUGCCACUCCCACCACAGCUGAGAGAGAGGGUAAUGAUGCCAGCCUGAAAACAGCUAGAAAACGAUCCACUUCUCCAUGUAACUCAACGGUGCCCCAGAAAGAGCCUGAGUUACAGACGACAUCCACAGCCAAUCCCCACUCGGAUUUGCUGUUAGACUUGAAAGCUUCUCUCGAAGAUGCUCAGGUUGAUGAGAUGGUCAAGUCUCAUGUGUCUUAUGAAACAGAAGGUUUUGAGAGCACUGCUUUGGAUGGAGACCUUCAAAAAGGUGAGUUGGGCCAGCCCACAGGCCCUCUCCUUCCUGAGCUAAGUAAGCUGGGCUUUCCCGCCUCGCUUCAGAGAGACCUAACCCGGCACAUCAGUUUAAAAAGUAAAAGUGGAGCGCACCUUCCAGAACCAAACCUCAAUAGUGCGCGACGCAUCCGCAAUAUUAGUGGUCAUCGGAAGAGCGAGACGGAGAAGGAAUCUGGACUCAAGCCAACCCUCCGGCAGAUUCUAAAUGCCUCGCGUCGAAAUGUCAACUGGGAACAGGUCAUUCAGCAAGUAACCAAGAAAAAACAAGAACUAGGCAAAGGCCUACCCAGGUUUGGCAUAGAAAUGGUUCCUUUGGUCCAGAAUGAACAAGAGGGCUUGGAUUUAGACGGAGAGCCCGAUCUGUCCAGUCUGGAAGGGUUCCAGUGGGAAAGUGUUUCCGUUUCUUCUUCAUCCCCUGGGCUGGCAAGGAAACGCAGCCUUUCUGAGAGCAGUGUGAUCAUGGACAGGACUCCUUCCGUGUUUGGCUUCUUCAGUGAGGAAGGCACAGGCAAAGAAAAUGAGCCCCAGGAAAUCCUUUCACCUCCUAAUUCACUGAGGUCUACACAGAACCAGAAAGUGACCCUGGGACUUAAGCAGGAAGCCACGCCUCUGUCUACCUCCUUGAUAAUGGGUGAAGGAACUGAAAAUGUCACUGCCAGGAGGCGGCAUAGUACCCAGUUCUCCGACCACACAGCCCCUGUGAUGCAGUUAGCCAAACACCCCAGCAGCCAAAAGAGUACACCCCCACCUGAGAACCAGAACACCCAGGAGAGCAAUGGAGAAGGAAGCUCGUUAUCGUCCACUGUAUCCUCAGCCCUUGCGAUCUCCAGUUUGGCAGAUGCUGCGACAGAUAGCAGCUGCACCUCUGGUGCUGAGCAAAACGACGGCCAGAGUGUUAGAAAGAAACGAAGAGCCACUGGGGAUGGAUCUUCUCCUGAACUUCCAAGUCUAGAGAGAAAAAAUAAAAGAAGGAAAAUUAAAGGAAAGAAAGAACGUUCUCAGGUUGACCAGCUGCUGAAUAUUUCUUUAAGGGAGGAAGAACUAAGCAAAUCACUGCAGUGCAUGGAUAACAAUCUCCUGCAAGCUCGUGCAGCGCUUCAAACAGCUUAUGUUGAAGUUCAGAGGCUACUUAUGCUUAAGCAGCAGAUAACUAUGGAGAUGAGUGCACUGAGGACCCAUAGAAUACAGAUUCUACAGGGAUUACAAGAAACAUAUGAACCUUCUGAGCGCCCAGACCAGGUUGUUUGUAGUCUUCCACGAGAACAAAGAAGCAGUAGAUCUCAGACAUCUGCCGAUACCGCCUUGCUGCCUUCUCCCUUUUUUCCUGUUUUUCUGGAUUCUCCAUCAUCCACUGGAGUCCCUCUCCAAGUCACUGCAUCUCCUACUUUCCAAGUCCACGGUAGCCUUCCUGCACCAGACUCCUCGGUUCAGAUUAAACAAGAGCCCAUGUCUCCUGAACACAGCGAGAAUGUGAAUGUUAUGUCACAAGACUCUGCUUGCACUGAGUCCAAGGAAUUACUGCAAGCUAAUAGAGAGACCACUGAGAGUGGUCCAGUUUUUCCAAUCAUCACUGCAACAUUGCAUUUAUCAGAGCUAAGGGAAAAUUUCCAUGAUCCUAGCCAAGAACUAAAGCUUUCCAUGGAGCAGAGGCAUACCAGAAACAAAGAAAAUGUACCCUCUUCCCAGUCAACUGGUCUACCUAGCAUAAUUAAAGGAAGUGAAGAGCCAAUCAAAGGCAACAGCGGGUCUGAAGCUUGUACCAGUUCUUUUCCGAGAUUGUCCUUUCCUUCAGAAACCCCUUUAGAGAAGGAACCCCAUUCUCCAGCUGACCAGCUUGAACAGCAGGCAGAAUCCACUCUGACUUCAGCUGAACCUAAGGGAAAUAAGAAAAAGAAGAAACUUAGGAAGAAGAAAAGUCUGCGAGCUGCCCAUGUUCCUGAGAACAGUGACACUGAGCAGGAUAUAUUCACUGCUAAACCUGUAAGGAAAGUAAAAACUGGAAAGUCAACCAAAGGGGGGAAAGUAACCACCUCCACCUGGGAAGAUAGCAGAACUGGCCCAGAACAAGAGAGUAUCCGGGAUGAGCCAGAUAGUGACUCGUCCCUGGAAGUCCUAGAAAUUCCCAAUCCUCCAUUUGUAGUAGUAGACAUUGAUUCUUGUGAAUCGGGAGAAGAGAAACCAGACAGUCCAUCUAAAAAGGAUAUUUGGCACUCCACAGAGCAGCACUCCUUAGAGCCGUCUCGUUCUGGUUGUGAUGAAGUUAGCUCUACCAGUGAGAUUGUGACGCACAAUAAAGAUGGCAUUCCUGUAAGUGUGGCAGAAACUCAGACUGUCAUCUCCUCCAUGAAAGGAUCAAAGAAUUCUUCAGAAAUUUCUUCCGAACCAGGAGAUGAUGAUGAACCCACUGAAGGGAGUUUUGAGGGGCACCAGGCUGCAGUGAAUGCAAUUCAGAUAUUCGGGAGCUUAUUGUAUACUUGCUCAGCAGAUAAGACGGUCCGGGCUUAUAAUCUGGUGAACCGGAAGUGUAUUGGUGUCUUUGAGGGCCAUACCUCCAAAGUGAACUGCCUCCUGGUUACUCAGACUUCUGGGAAGAAUGCUGUCCUUUUCACGGGUUCCAGUGAUCAUACUAUUCGCUGCUAUAAUGUGAAGACUCGAGAGUGUGUGGAGCAGUUACAGCUGGAAGACCGGGUUCUCUGCCUCCACAGUAGGUGGCGAAUUCUCUUUGCUGGACUGGCAAAUGGCACUGUGGUCACCUUCAACAUAAAGAACAACAAACGUCUUGAGAUCUUCGAAUGCCAUGGCCCUCGGGCCGUCAGCUGUCUGGCCACUGCCCAGGAAGGUGCCCGGAAGCUGCUAGUGGUGGGGUCUUACGACUGCACCAUCAGCGUGCGCGAUGCCCGGAAUGGACUACUCCUUAGGACGCUAGAGGGCCACAGCAAAACCAUUCUCUGCAUGAAGGUGGUGAAUGACCUUGUGUUUAGUGGCUCCAGCGAUCAGUCUGUCCAUGCCCACAACAUUCAUACGGGGGAGCUCGUGCGCAUCUACAAAGGCCACAAUCAUGCAGUGACUGUGGUCAACAUCCUUGGGAAGGUGAUGGUGACCGCAUGCCUGGAUAAGUUUGUUCGCGUCUAUGAGUUGCAGUCCCAUGAUCGAUUGCAGGUUUAUGGAGGACACAAAGACAUGAUCAUGUGUAUGACUAUCCAUAAAAGUAUGAUUUACACUGGCUGUUAUGAUGGCAGUAUUCAGGCUGUAAGACUAAAUCUGAUGCAGAAUUACCGCUGUUGGUGGCACGGAUGCUCUCUGAUAUUUGGUGUGGUGGAUCAUUUAAAACAGCAUUUGCUGACUGACCAUACGAAUCCAAACUUUCAAACUCUGAAAUGUCGCUGGAAGAACUGUGAUGCUUUUUUUACUGCUAGGAAAGGAUCCAAACAGGAUGCUGUGGGACACAUUGAACGGCACGCAGAGGAUGACAGCAAAAUUGACUCAUGAAGUUUUUUGCCUCCCAUGUUGGGAAGUCAUUAGUUGAACUCAUUUCAUACUGACCUUCUCCUGGCCAUGUUCUCUUCCCUUCCCAGGGAAGGAGAGAUGGUGCUCAGCCAGACUCACCACUAGCACAAGUCUGGUCUGUUCAAUGGGAGGGUUAAAUUACCCCUUAAGUUGUUACUGGAGGUUGAUCAGAUUUUAUGAAACGAUACUUUUCUGGAGAGCAUGACAUAUAGUAAUGUGUGCUAUUAGUUUGCACCAAAUGUUUAUUAAAGAUGCAGAUUGAAAUUGGAUACCCAGUUUGACACUAAUCAAAUGUGUAUUUUAAAAAAUUUUUUUUGUUGUUUUUGUUUUUUGGUUUAAACUUGUAGUCAGGCCUUUAAGUACAAGUUUGUUCAAAUGCUAUGUUUUUUAGGGUCAUUUUUGAUUCCUCUAGGCUUAAUAACUAUGUAAACUAGAAAGCCAACAGUGUCCUUUUUUGGUGGUGGUGGUGGAGCAGUGCUGAGGAUCUAGUAGCUUCCCUGAUAAUUACGUUCACUCUGUUUUAAGAUUCACUUUCUCCAUAGAUAGUCAGAGCUGGCUUUAAACGCUUAUGGGACACGCUGUAGGUCUGCAGCUAGAGUAACUGCUGACUAUAGUUCAGAUCUCGAGGCAGCAGAGCAUUUCCCCAUGAGCUCCUGUGAGGGUCUUGAUCCUCAGAUGCUUGCUGCUCUCCUAGACCUGACAUCUGCUCGGGAACCUGCUCAGGCCCCAGCCCUAGCUGCCUCGGGGCUUUUCAGACUAUUGGAAUUGGAGAUGGAGCUUUUAUCCCCCUUCUGGUUUCUGGUUCCCCGUGCCAGUUUGGAAUCCAUUUGCUCCAUUGUCCACCUCUGUCUCCCACUGUCUCGCUGUGCCUUGGCUCAGGAUGGCCACAAGUACUUCCUCAAGGCUCAGGGCACUUUCCAUCGUGGACAGUGCCUAGGAUGGGGAGAGUUAGAGUAGAACAUCUAAAACCACUUUUGAGGCCUCAAAUAGGCUUCUUAAAGACUGAUUUAUAACAUCAAUGUCUUUUGCUCGUUUCCCUACUAACUGGGAAAGAAGAUUAAAGUACCAUGAAAAUAAAGUUUCAAUCUGUCCACUGAAAACGCCAAUUAACAAGACCGCUUUGGCUGUUGGGGAGUUUCUGUGGACUCCUGAGAAGCUAGAAAAAGUGUUGCUUACCAGCUUUUUAUUUUUGACUUCUCAGAACUCUGAAAAAUUCUUCAGAGACAGAAGAACCCGACACCACAUCCAAAGCUUUGGGGUGUGACACCCACUGCUCUGGGUUUGCAUCUGGGUCCUUCUCUGCCUGGUCACAUGCAUCUGUGCAUGUCCAGGCUGCAGGUUGGGGAUGGGGGGGUCAUGAGGGACUUGGGAUAGGUUUCAAGAGGAUAAGAGGAUAUAAACCUCCUGGAAUUAAAUGCAGGACACUAAAUUUGUUUUUCCAGGGAAGUAGUAGUACUUAUUGGAUUGGGGGAGGGGGGGAGUUAAUUUAUCUUGGAGCUGCUACUAGACCAUGGGUGACUCCCCCAAAGCUAUUUAGCUCUGUCCGUGUUAAACAGGAAAACUCUUUGGGUGACCACAUUAACAGUGGUUCACACUGACGCAUACCACCCAUGUCUCACACUUGGAUGUGACUUAACACAAAGAUUGCCGAGCUGGUGUCAGGGUGUUAAUGAGAUUUGCAUGAUACUUGGGAGAGAACAGAGAAACUCCUGCUAAUCACAAAGUAUAUUUGUUCAGUUUCUGUACAAGAUUCAGAAGCUUUUCCCCACCUCUUAGUCCUGUUUCCUCUAAGUGCAACCUGGGGAACUGGGCUGUUCUGUGGGGUCGGGAAUGGUGAUUCCCCGGGAAAGUGCAUUUGGAUUUGUUGCUGAGCCUGGUGUGUUGUCUGGGCUGUGGUAGAGGCACAUUUCCCACUGGCUAGACAGUUGCUAAGGAAGUUUUUUAACCCUCUGUUGCUGAGGUGCCUUUCUGUCCUGCCUGAGGGUGUGUCUGGACAGAGUGGCAGAGCCUUUGGUCAUCAGGAAAGGGGUAUGUGAAGUGUUGGACUCCAUGAGGGACCUUUGCAAGAAUAACAGAUGAUUGAAUCAGGACUACAUUAUUUGGGUUUCACUUUGGCAGAAUCAUGCCGUCUGUCUGUCUGUGCGCAUGUUCCUUGUGUGUGCAUGCACACGGGCGCCCAGACUUAUUAUUCUUUUCCUCAUUUCACAGAGGUUUUUUUGUUUUUAUUUUUAAAUUUUUGAAGCAGUGACUAUAACAUCUUUUUUUGAGGAUAUAUAAAAUUCAUUUAACAUCAGGUAAAUGUGUUGUCCGAAAUGCACUAUUCUGGUUCUCCAUUUUGAAAUAAAGACUGCAUAAGAAUCUUGGCUGCUUAUUGUUAUAUGUUACUACUUUGAAGUAUCUUGAAAGUUAUACAGAACGUCAGCUAUGCGUUAAGGCUUCUCCUCUGUCUUGACUAAUUUUCGCCUGUCUUCCCUCAGAGAGGAGCUGUGGCUCAGGGAUUUGUGUUGACUCGUAUCUCAAUGAAGGAAGGAAACUGUUCUGUAACCUGACAGAACCAGCUCAUUUUUCACAGGUAGUUGGAGAAUGCAGAAAACUCUUUUUGUAGAAUGUUAGUUUUGAUGGUCUGCUUUUAUCGACUAGAAACCAAGAAACCAUGGCACGAAUCUUUUUAUGGCACAUGCUGCUGUUUCAGUGGCAGUCUGCUGUGAGAAAUAUUUUUAUUUUGAAACUUUGAGUCAGGUUCAGAAUGUAUUGGGGCCUCCUCUGUUAGGAGUUAAACAGAUCUCUUCAGAGCAGUUUCUUUACCUGAUGUUACUUGAAUUUGGAAGUCACUGCUCUUGCACUCCUGCUUCUGUGUGGAAGUUUAUUUCUGCUCAAAUGAGUUAGCAGUUGAGUGUUUAACUACUGAUCUACCUGUCAUUUAUAGGUGAUAUUGUUCUUGAAGUGGUCCUUUGCCUAACAAAGGUUUGGGUUUUUUGUUUGUUUGUGGGUAGAUUAUUGCAGUGGGCAACUUUAGUGACUAGGUAUGUGAAUGAAUUGGUGAAAGUAGGUGCACAAACACUUAGUAAGAUGGAAUGGUAUAUUUUAUGGAAGUGAAUUCAUUGUGAAAGGAAGAUUGAAGUAUAUUAUGGGAUUUGAACAGCACAUCAUCCUCUGGUUUGCUCAAGUAAUUUGUGAUUUAUAUACGCUGACUUAAACAUUUUUUUAAACAUUUUUUUUUUUAAUUCCUGUUACCCUAGAGGAGAACUCCAAGAAGGUCAUUAAGGGUCUGAAGGUCAUGCCUGCCACAUUGCUAGAAUAAUGGUUUCAGCCCUGCCUCCGGCAUCAGCAUCCUUAUUUCAGAACCUGUGCCACAGGUGAUUGGGGCUGUACUGAGUUGCAUAUGCACAUGGCUGUGAGUCCUAGUGUAAGCAGCAGCUGCCUCUAACCUCACCUCUAACAGCACCUGUCCCCAAGCAUGCAGCUCUGUUUAGUCAUGUGACACUGUAGCCCCACAGAACAGGGCUGGGAGAGUGUCCUGAAGAAAAGACCAUUGAAGAUCUUUUUCCUGCUUAAGAGAAACACGCCUUGACUGCUCCAGCACUGUGCGAUCUGAUUUUUGUUUUAUGGAACAUAAAUUGGAAGAAUGAAAUCAGAUGACACCCGACUGCAAAAAUGUUUAUAAAGCAAAUAGCGUAUAAAGCUGUGACCGUCAUAACUUUGUAAAGCAAGAUUUAAAGCAAAUACAAGAGGAAAAUAAAAUACUUUUCCUAAUU